AUGGAAACACUCAACCAUCCCGAUGGCAACUGGAUGGUAGGCUGUCGUCCGAAUGCGUUUGCAGCCAAGAAAAUCGAGGAGCGUUUGGAAGAGGGUAGACUCAAACUGGGCAGCACGAUCAGACACCAAACAUAGCGACCCAACCACUGACAAAGGCCUUCACGAUGGUUUCAGCCUGCACAUUCCGCAAGGGAAUGGUCUCAGCGCAGCGGGUGUACCGAUCAAUGCAGGUUAGAAGGUGAGUAUAGCCUUUGGAUGGAGGCAAAGGGACCUACGACAUCCAGGUGCACAUGGCUAAACCGUGGGUGGGGUCUGGGGAAAGUGUUUGGUGUUAACUUGUUGUGACGUUGCACCUUGUUGUGCCGGCGACUCCGACACGACGGGGUCCAAGCUUUGACGUCCUUGUUCAUGCCAGGCCAGACGAACUUUUCGUCCAGGGGCUUUUGUAAGGUUCAGAUUCCAGGGUUGCAGAGUCCAUGCAGAGUUUGAAAAACAGCUCGACGCAUCGAGGAGAGCACAAAGGGUGAUAAAACGGAUUCGAGCCGUCACAAAGUAUGGUACCAAAGUCGGUGGUCAGAGGAACGUCUUUGAGUUGGAGAAUACUCGUGGACUCGUCGCCAGGACGAUCGACUCGUUGUUGCUCGGCCGCCAUAACGCCAUAGUCAAUCCCAUGUGAGAGAUGGAGGAAAGAUAGUGAGGGCUUGGACCGCAUGUCAGCCACCUCAUUAUCCGUGCCAUCAGUGGGGAGGAUGUCGGUGGUGAACUGGGAAAUGUAGCCUAGGUGGACGAUCUCUCUCGGAUUUUACUUUUCGGAGUGGGAACGAAGGGCAAAAGUCAGCGGACUGUGGUCCGUGAAAAUGGUGACGUCCCGACCUUCAUGGAAAUGCCGGAAAUGCUUCUCAGUCAGGUAAGUGACAAGUAGUUCACGGUCAAAGGUACUGUGGCAGAUCUCACUCGGCAAGAGGUUUUUGGAGAAAAAGGCCAGUGGUCGAGUCGAACCAGCAAGGUGUUGUUGAAGGAAUGCACCCACGGGUACGGUCGAAGUAUCUAACAUCAAGUGCGAGUGAUUCUCGGGAGCGGGAUGCGUGAACAAGAUAGCGUCAGCAAGGGAGGCCUUGAUUCUCUCGAAAGCAGUCAUUGCAUCACCAGCAUAAGGUCGACAUAGUUCGGCAUGAAUUGACGGUAAAAAUUGACCAUGCCGAGGAAUCGCUGCAACUGACGCUUGGAAGUCAGUGGAGGGAAAUCCCGAAUUGCUUCAACCUUGGAGGGGAGGGGACGCAAACCUUCUGAUUCAACAUGAUGGCCAAGGAAUUAAAGGAAAGACACGCCAAAGACACACCUUGAGGAUUCGAUGAUGAUGAUGACGACGACGACGACGACGAUGAUGAUGACGACGACGAUGAUGAUGAUGAUGGUGAUGAUGAUGAUGAUGAUGGUGGUGGUGAUGAUGAUGAUGAUGAUGAUGGUGGUGGUGGUGGUGGUGGUGAUGAUGAUGAUGGUGGUGGUGGUGGUGGUGGUGAUGAUGAUGAUGAUGAUGAUGAUGAUGAUGAUGAUGAUGAUGAUGAUGAUGAUGAUGAUGAUGAUGAUGAUGAUGAUGAUGAUGAUGAUGAUGAUGAUGAUGAUGAUGAUGAUGAUGAUGAUGAUGAUGAUGAUGAUGAUGAUGAUGAUGAUGAUUAUGCCAUACUUGUCGAGGCGGUUUAA